AUGGCAGCCACUGUGCAACCGAUUGCAGGCGCUCCAUCUGAGCUGGGGCUCCUAUGGCAAACAGCCAUCGACACAUAUACUGACAUCACAGGGAACAGGCAUUUUCUGACGGCGAAACAUACGGCCAGUAUUGGCCAGGUUCUAGCUGAGGUCGAGGGGAUGGAAAGAUCUUUUAAAGGUCAACGGCACGACGGCUCGAAGUUGGCACGCUUCAGGAGUCUUGUCAAUGCGAGCCUGACGCCGAUUCAAGCUUUGGGGGAGGUCGUGGCUCACGCAAGUAAAGCUGUUUUCCCCCCCAGCGAGGCUAUAUUCGCUGCCGUCCGAUGUUUGAUCCAGGCUGCAAUGAACGUGUCCAGCGACUACGAUAGGCUCGUGGAUUUCUUCCAAGAUGUGGAAUCAUACCUCAAAGGGAUAGAGAUAUGGGAAACUCAGGUACCGUCAGUACCGCAGCUGAGCGAUGCAAUAAUAGCAGUGUUCAGCUCCGUCCUUGUGCUUUGUGGAUUGUAUACGAGGUAUAUCAGCAAGAAGCGCGUCGUCAAGGCCUUCCGGAGCCUACUGUCCGGCGAGGAUACUGAGCUCAAAGGUGCUCAUCAAGCCUUCCAGAAAGCCGUCCAGGGUGGACGAGACAUUGUGCAAAAUGCAACGCUCUCCACUGCUGAGAAGACGAAGUUCAACAUGCAAGCAGUCCACGUCGAUGUACGGAAGACCCUGUCUGAGGUGGAACGCUUGGUAGAGAACAUGAGUUCCAUCACUCUAAGCACAGCACAGCCUUUGAACGCCCAGGAGCGAGACGAUACUCUCAGGUGGCUUUCCAACCUUGACUUCCAACAGUAUCAAAGAGAGACUGUUGCGAAACACCAUAAGGGUACAGGUGAAUGGCUACUGAACACAGGCGCAUUUCAAAACUGGGUACAUGGUACCCAGCAGUCAACCCUGUGGUGUCCCGGAAAUCCUGGUGCUGGGAAAACUGUGAUGAUGUCGGCGGCGAUCUGCUAUGUUGAAGCCAAUACACAAGGCUCAAAUGCGUCAAUAGCUCACGUGUACUGCAACUACAAAGACCGUAGGACACACGACGUCUCAACCAUUUGGUCCAGCAUCAUACGACAAUUCGCGGAGCAGUGCGAUCCUUUUCCUGCCGAAGUGCAUGCCUUUCGCAAUGAAUUUAUAAGAAAGAGAUCGGACCCUGUCGAAGAUGAUCUUCUCUCGCUCGUCCGUGACCUAUCGAAACGGUUCAAUAAAGCCUUUGUGUUCAUCGAUGCUUUGGAUGAAUGUCCGGGGGAAAGCCGCAACGCCUUCAUCCUUUCCGCCGCAAAGGUUGAAUCUAUUCUUCGGUUGUUCAUAACUUCUCGGCCUAGUGUGGAGCUCGACGAAACCUUCUCGAACCUGAGACGCAUAGAGGUUGCAGCCCAGGCAGAUGAUAUUCGCUCGUAUUUGGAGCAUAGACUUAACACGAACGCAAAUAUUCGUGCGCUUUCGGUUCAGGACCCGAGGCUGAAAAGUACGAUACUCCAAAGGCUCCUGGAACAGGCCAAUGGAAUGUUUCUCCUGGCCCAUCUCCAGAUUGAGAAUAUAUGCCAAAAACGACGACUUCUAGACGUUCGCAGAGCCCUCGACACCCUCGCCAAAGACGUGCAUCAGUUUUAUGAUGACUCUUUGAGAAGGAUAGAGGAAUUAAAGGACAACGGCGCAACGCCGUUGCUUUUGGCUGCCAAAUAUGGGCAUGAAGCGAUUGUACGAGUGGCGCUGGAACGAGGUGCAAACUCCGUGGCUGAAGACUUUGAGGGGUGGACAGCGCUUCAUUGGGCGAUUAUGAGACGCCACGACAACAUCUCCAAAAUACUCCUGAGCAGAAUUGCUUCCAACCAGUCGGACAAGUUGCAACACAACAAGGCACUGAUUCUGGCGGCAGAAGCUGGCAACCCCGCAACAAUACAAAUGCUCUUGGACGAGGGAGCGGAGGUCGACUACGCCGACGAUCAAGACACGCUCUUCUUUGGGCCGCGCUUGCCGGAAAGACCGACGCAGUGGAAACGCUAA